CUGUCAUCUCCUGGGCUGCAGAGUCUGAGACAAAGGCUGUUAGUUGCCAUCUUUUGCUGGUAAGUACAACAGUCAUGCUUAGUACAACACGUUCGUCUGUGCACUCCAUUUUCGACGUCUUCGGCCGCAUUUCAUCUUACGUGACACUAAACCCGAUCCGCCGUGAUCGUCUCUCUGACGAGCUACCCACCCAAAUCCGGGUUUCAUCUGCAAACAUGUGUCUUAAUCACGGCGUAAAUUGGAGAAAACGGCUAGACUCUUUCCUUCCAGUACCUAUUCAUUGUAGCAUUUUGGAUUUAUAAAGAGCAUGUAACUGCUUGCUCUCCAUCCCCCCAUGUUUUCUCCCAAACUUUUGGGGGUGCUUCUUCCUGUGAUAUGCUCGGCUGCGAUAUAUGAGAGCGCAGCGGACCUCCCGAUCCUCGAUUUUGACUAUAUCAUCGUGGGAGGCGGCACAGCAGGAAAUGUUCUUGCUAAUCGAUUGACUGAGCAGGAAAAUACAUCAGUGCUCGUCCUUGAAGCAGGGCAAUCGACUGCUGACGUCCUAGUCUCACAAGUUCCCUUCUUCUGCCCGCAAGCAACGCCCAACACGCCCCUCGACUGGAACUUCACCACGACGCCUCAGCCGGGGUUCAAUGGACGAGCCAUUCCGUACCCGAGGGGGUUCGGGCUAGGAGGGAGCAGUGCCGUUAAUUAUAUGACUUACACCCGUGGAUCGUCAGAGGACUACGAUCGGUAUGCGCAUGUCACCGGGGACGAGGGAUGGGGGUGGGAUGAGCUGCAGCCCUACAUUCGAAAGAACGAGCGAUUCGUCCCUCCCGCUGAUCAUCACAAUACAACAGGCGAGUUCAACCCCGCGGUGCAUAGUUUCGACGGUGUCAAUUCCGUGUCUCUCCCCGGAUACCCCCGUACGAUCGAUGGACGCGUCAUUCAAGCUACGCAGGAGCUGCCGGAUGAGUUUCCGUUCAAUUUGGAUUAUAAUUCAGGGUAUCCAUUGGGUAUUGGAUGGGAGCAAACAACUACUGGGAAUGGAACGAGGAGCAGUUCGGAGACUUCGUACCUUGGUCCUGAAUAUAUCAGCAGGAAGAAUUUGCACGUUCUUAUUCAUACAUAUGUAACGCGGAUUCUAGCGGCGAACGAAUCGACUCUUGGCGAUGAGCCACUGUUCGACACUGUGGAGUUCACACAGGAUGCUGGAGCGACGAUCCACACCCUUUCUCCUCUCAAGGAAAUCAUUCUCUCAGCUGGAUCAGUUGGAACACCCCACAUCCUGCUCAACUCUGGCAUCGGAGACGCUGACGAACUCACCGCGGUGGGCGUUACGCCUUCCGUGCAUCUCCCUGACGUUGGAAAGAACCUCACUGACCACCCUCAAUGGGGUGUUGCCUGGUUCGUCAAUGAUACAAACACGAUCGAGGAUGUCUAUUGGCGGAAUGCCACAUUUCAAGCCGAGGCACUGGCGGAGUGGCAAGCUAAUCGGACGGGCUACAUCGCAAGCACAAGUUCUAAUCACUUGGGAUUUUUCAGGGUGGAAGAGGGGGUAUUGGAAGAGGAGCCAUGUGCAGGAGAGAAGACGGGGCAAUACGAGUUGAUUUUUUCGGGUGGGAUUGGUUCCGGCACCAUCCCAGCAACGGGGAGCUAUCUCAGGAUAGGUGUAAUAGUAAUCUGCCCGCUCUCUCGCGGGAAUAUCACUAUCAACGGCACCGACCCCCUCUCACCCCCACUUAUCAACCCCAACUUCUUUUCACACCCACAGGAUAUGACCAUCAUGCAGCACGCCAUCGCUGGUGCGCAACAAUUCCUCACUGCGCCCGUGUGGGAUGACUACGUCCUUGGGAUAUCGACGAAUAUUACUGAUCUGGAGGAAAGCAUACGGAAUGGGGCGGGGACGACUUAUCAUCCUGUUAGUACGGCAAGUAUGUCUGCGUGCGAUGCGGACUGGGGAGUCGUAAACCCAGAUUUGAAACUCAAGAAGGUGGCAGGUGUGAGGGUUGUUGAUGCGUCUGUUUUGCCGUACAUACCAGCGGGGCAUUCUCAGGCGGCUGUGUAUGCUGUUGCAGAGAGGGCGGCGGAUUUGAUCAAAGAGUCGCGUUGACGCCAAAUGAAAUUUUUACUUGUCCUAAGAUAUACUUUUCAAUAAUGUCGACAGCC